UCGCGUCAAUCAAUCGAGGUUUCCUUGCUUUGGAAUUGUGUGUGGAAACGAAGGGCCUGCGAUUUGGUCAUAAUUUUGGAGUUAAAGGAAUCUAGAUCUUGAUAAAGAUGACUGAUGUUGUUGCUGUGUGGAGUGUUGCCCUUAGUGAUGGAAUACACAAAGUCCAGUUUGAGCAUGGGACUACAAGUGGAAAGAGAGUCAUUUAUGUAGAUAACAAGGAGAUAAGCAGGAAGAAUUGGAUGUUCAAGCUUGUCGGCAGGGAAGUAUUCAGCAUAAGCGGGACCAGGGCAGUUAUUAAUAUAGAUGCAUGCAGUGGAUUUGCAUAUGAGUACCAGUUAGAAGUAGGAGGCAAAAGCUUAGAGAAGUUUGUUGAGCAGAGAAGCAGAACCUGCAAAGUCUGGACACCGACCAUAGAAGGAGUUGGACAUAGGAUAGUUCUUGAGAAAGAUUCCAUGGAUGUUUGGUGUGAUGGUUGUGUUCUAGAAACAGCAGGUGAAUUUGUGGAUGAUGGUACAGAGACUCAUUUUGAGCUAGGCGGACAUGCUUGUUGCAUCAAAGCAGUUAGCAGUGGAAAGAGGAGAGAGGGCAUCGUCCAUUCACUCAUCAUCGAUGAUAGGGAAGUCCCCCAAACAAUGGAAUGACGUCAUUGGAUCAUCCAUCAAUGCAAAAAGGAGAGUACUUUUGUAGGUAUGAACUGUGAGCAGUACGGAAAUGAUCCCAUAGAAACAGAGUGUUCAUUCUGCUGGCAAGAAUAGCAAAGGAAAACAAGCAUCAUGAGGGAAAUUCUUGAGAUUGUUUUGUGCUCAACAUUUAUCAACAAAAAAAGAGAAAGCAACCAAGUGACCAAACAUUAGAAAUUGUAAAUUAGUGUAUGUAUUAUAUACAAUGCUGUUUUUCAGUCAGAAAGUAUUCUAGCAAUGUACUGUACAUAUGUCAAAUUAUAGCUUGAUAAUUACAUUUCUCUCAAUAGUGGGGGGGAGAGGUAAAGAUGUACAUUGGCCAAUUAUCUGAGGGCAUGUUGCAAGAAAAAUUGUUUGCAAUAUACUGCAAAUUUUUCAUUAAAAAAUUGAUGAGAUUUGAUCAUAGCAAAUUGAUUACAGUUUCUGUCGCAAGAAGGAGACAAGCAAUCAAUUGCAAGUUAUUCAAUUCAAUUUUUUGAUGAGCAUGUAAAAUUGAUCUGCAAGUGAUUGCAGGUUUUUUUUUUUUGGGGGGGAGGGGGUUGCAAUUAUCCUUCACAGUCUUAUACAUUUAGUUUCUCAUCACUUUACGUGGGAAAUGGGCAAAAAGAAAAGAGAAGUAUAGACAAAGACAAUCAGUUUACCACUUGUUUACUGUGUCAUUACAGUACUGUAUCAUUACUAUUGCUUCAUAUAUACAUGUCCAUAACAUUGCCAAAAGUGUACAUGUAUAUGUACAUGUACUUAUUAUGUCUACACUUAGUUAAGAAUCAGGGGGCCAAUUUCAUAACGACUCAGAAUUAUGGUAAUUUUGCCUUUAUGGUAAUUACCAUGGAAACCUUGAUUGUGCUCAUGAUAAUUGCCAUAAGGGUAAAGUUACCAUAGUUGUACUUGUAUAUAUUACUCCUAUAUCAAAUGGGUACCUUCAUGUAGUAGCGCUUAAACGUCGGUGAAUCUCACCAGAAAAUGGAGUGUUCAAAUUCUACCAUGUAUUAGAUGAUUGUGGAGUCAGAUGAUAAAACAUUACAUUGAAUAAAGUUUGUUUCUCUGGGCUCGCAGAACAUUUGUAGUGUUGUUUUAUAUUCAACACUUAGCAUGAAAGAUUGCAUUUUGUGGUGGGUUCACUAAUGUUUGAGCACAACUGUAAAUUGUCUUGACUAUUAAUUAUCUGUGAUAGUGGAGAUACAAUGAAAGACCUUCCAUAUAAAAAAAAAAUUGCUUUAAAUGUUUCAUAGACCUUAAAAAGAUAGAGAUAUUCCAUCAAUAUUUGGUAGGCUGGAAUUUGUGAAUUUACUGUAUUUCAUUACACUCAUUUUUUGUGAAUAUCAGUUGUUAAUACCCAGUGUCUUACAUAUUUACAUUAAAAGAGUAGCAAAUGUAAAACCAUGGGAUAUAGUGAAAAGGGGUCUUACAAUAUGUCACUUAUGGUUCACUGUCAUGCACAAAUAAAAGGUUUGCGUCAUAAUACUGACAAUACAUCUAUGUCAGUAUUAUUUUGUUUGAAUCUUAGAUGUUUUUAAUAUAAAUGUAAUGAUUAACCAUCUUACCCAUUGACUCACAGUGGCAUUUGAUAUAAUUUGAUUUUUUUAUAGGACUCAAGUCAGAGCAUGUAAUGAUAACCAUACUAUUUUUAUCAAUGAGUUUAAAGUGAGUAACAAUAUAAUUACCCAUUUUUUAAGAAAAAUAUAUAAAACACUGCCAUUUAUUGUUAGUUGAGUAGAUGUCAAAUUUACAAAUAGCAAUAUUUUAAAUGUUGUUUAAUCACUUUACCUUUUGGUAGAAACCCCUUUUAAAAUCUAUGAUUAUAAUAUAUAUUAUAAUAUAUUUUUAUAAUUUGUUUGAUUCACUGACAAUGCAUAAUUUGCAUUGCAUAAUUUAUGUUUUCUUUUAUGUGUACACAUGCAUGUAGUUCAUUGAAUCAAAAUCAAUGCUGCAUAUGAUAAAAUACACUCUAAUGUAAAACUGAAAAUUGAGAAUUUGAUUAUUUUUGUAUUUUAUUUAGUUGAUCUUUUUUUCUUCAAUUUUUUUUGUGUGUUUGAUAUACUUUGAUAUAGUUAUUCUAGUUAUUCAAAUCUGUGGGGGCUGUAUCAUCAGACAUCUUGAAGCUUUCUUCAUUCAAAAUUAUACCCAAUAUGCUAAUUCAUUCAAAGUAGACAUUGCAUUAUAUUUUGUAUGACCUUUCCCUAGUCAGGCCUGUGCUCUGUCUUUCUUUCAUUAGUUUGGUUUCUGUUGGUUUCUCUGGAACGUAAGCCCAUGUAAUAUAUUCUGAACCAGUUUAUUAUUUACUGAUAUUUUUUUCUUUAAAAUUAGUAAAAGAAUUGUUUGAAUAUCCAGAGGUCCAGACAAUGAAUUUUAAUUGUCUUAAUAUUUUUGUUCUUGCCAUGAUCCCUUUACAUUUUUACUUGAUCAUUAAGAAUAACAAUCUGUCUUCUUGUUGGCAAAUCUUAUUUUUAAAAUUUUAUUAUGAGUUUUUAUCCCAAUUAGAUCCCAUCAUUCAUUUCUAUUCAUAAAUAUGUGUACAUCCAGCUUAAAAAUGCACUAUAUGCUGGGUUAUCUGCAGUAUAAAGCAGAUUAGUCAUUUGGGCUUUGACAAAAAAAAACAACAACUAAACUUUGAAAGAGAUUUGUUGAAUGAUGCACAAAAGAAAACCCUUGAUGUUUGUGAUAACUGUGUGUUUAUGUUUUUAUCAAAUGUAUUGCAAUGGUCCUUUAUUGUUUUGGAGACAUUUUAUUGCAUAAUGUGUAAACAUAGUUUAAUGAAUCCAGAAUUCAUACUCGGGAUAAAUCUAAGUCAUAUUUUUUCUGCAGUUUGUGUGGGCCAGUUAGAGCUGCGAGUGACCAGGGAAUGUAAAUUACAACAUGAUUCAUUGCCAUUUUUGGUUGUGCCGAAUAUAUUACAACUUCAAAAUAUUGUCAUUUGUAAAUAUACCAAUUAUUUUUUUUAGUUAAGGACAAAGUACUAUUUUUUCAAGAAUAAGGUAUUUUAAAGUUAUGAAGGGAUGGAUAUUUUAUGUAUGUUUGUCGUGUUUGAUUUAUUGAUUGCAGUGAAUUCUGCUCUGUAAUUAUUAUGAUCUUUAAUUUGCACUACUCAGUCUAUUAAUUUGAUGUUCGUGAGAAA